AUGCAUCUCUUUUUUGUUCUUUCGUUUCUCGUUGCCUCUGUGUUGGCAAUCGACUCCACUCAAGCGAUGAGCUGCAACGCUGACUCGAGCCUAAGUAAAGGCCUUGUUCCUCUGUCGAAACUGUGUUCAGGAGGAGAGCUCAAUAACGAUGGCUGGCUCUCGGUGAAGUGUGAUGUGGGUGCGGAAGUCAUGAAGUUCAGCGUCGGCCUAAACUGGUGUGUUGCCAACUAUGAUGGCAACCUCGCCUUGGCUAAGAAUGGCAACGCUAUGCAAUCCUGUGCGAAAAGCGACUGCCAAGUUUUGGUUGAGAAAAAGAAACGAGCCACAUUGAAGUGCACAGCGACCCAUUGCUCUGGAGAAGUUGACUUAGACAAAGCAAUCAACUUUACGGGGACAUACCUCACCUGCGGUGGCAUGAUCGGCUCGGGUGGGCAAUUACAAAAACGCCUGUUCCAGGAUGAGCUGUGA